AUGGGGGAAAGCAGAUCUCACUCUGCUUUGCCCCGGCUCUUCAGCUUCAGGUCUAAAGACUCCUGCUUUUCGGAAAAUACUCCUUUGCUGAGGAAUUCUUCACAAGAGAAAGGGCUACAGUGCAUGCCCAUCUGCCCUCCGGAUCCCACCACAGCAGAGGAGUCAUGGGGACACAGCCCCACAGACUGGGAGCGGAGUCACUUGCUGGGCCGUGAUGGGGCUGGACUGUCUGGGUCUGCUUCCACAGAGGAGAAUGGUGACUUUCCUGAUGGUGUUCCUGGCACGUUCUGUGUGUGGACACUGAGGAGCUGCGUGCGUGGGCUGACGGUCACCGGCCUGUUCAUCCUGGUAGUAGUGUGCUCCAACACACUGCGUGCCCAACAGACUCUUCCCAGACUCAAAUCAACCUCAGAUGCCCACACGCCAGGCAGAGUGCUGGAGAGAGGGCGCGUACAGGUGUUCAGUGAACGUCAAAGGCUGGGAGUGAUGGCUUCUCUUAAGUGGAAGAAGACAAGUAGGGGCCGUGAUGGCGGCUCUUGUGGCACUGAGGGUGAACUGAGCCUGGAAGCCAGGAAAGGCUGUGAAGUGGCAGGGGGCAGAGAGGCCAUGGAGUGGGCUUUGAGUGCAUCCUGCCAUGACUAG